CCGGAUCCGCAGAGUUUUAAAAGUUGAGGCUCUUCCCAGGUAACGAGGCUUCUUUAUUAACCUUAACCUCUGUAAAUGUCAGGUACACUUUAAGUGCAUUAUUGUGGAUGGUAGCCGGUUAGUUUGACGCUGCUGGUUGUUGUCAUCGUGUUGCUGCCAUGGUAACGGGGUUCAGGAUCGACCUCGGGGUUCGGCGUUCUCGCCCGCCGUCGCUGCCGCUGCUCUUCCUCCUCCUCAUCUUAAUGAUGUCUGUUUGGGCUGAGAGUCGAGACUACUACGAGCUCCUGGGCGUGAGCAGAGAGGCGACGACCAGAGAGAUCAGACGGGCCUUCAAACAGCUGGCGCUCACCAUGCACCCCGACAAGAACCCGGGAGAUCUGUCAGCACACGACAAGUUCCUGAAGGUGAACCGAGCCUACGAGGUCCUGAAAGACGAAGACCUGAGGAAGAAAUAUGACAAGUACGGAGAGAAAGGACUGGACGAGCAGCAGCAGGGAGGACGCUAUGAGAGCUGGAACUACUACAGAUACGACUUCGGUAUCUAUGACGACGACCUGGAGAUCAUCACACUGGACAGCGGAGACUUCGAAGCAGCAGUGAACUCUGGAGAAAUCUGGUUUAUCAACUUUUAUUUCCCACGAUGCUCGCACUGUCACCAGCUGGCCCCGACGUGGAGGGAGUUUGCCAAGGAGAUGGAUGGUGUGAUCCGGAUCGGAGCGGUGAACUGUGGAGACAACAACCACCUGUGCAGGAGGCGGGGCAUCAACAGUUACCCCAGUCUGUUCGUCUACAGAGCAGGACAGAAACCAGAGAAGUUCAACGGCGAACGCACCAAAGAUGACCUCAUCCGAUUCUCCAUGCAGUUUAUUACAACGUCUGUUACUCACCUGUGGCAAGGUAACGUGUUCAAGGAGGUCGAGAGCGCGUUUGCGUCGGGAAUCGGUUGGUUGAUUACGUUCUGCGCAGACUCUGGAGAUUGCCUGGAGCCCAGAACCAGACAGAAACUGGCCGGGAUGUUGGAGGGUUUAGUUAAAGUGGGAUGGAUGGACUGCACCAAUCAGGAGCAGCUCUGUGACAGUUUCCAGGUGACCAGUGGAGCCACGGCGUUGUUUCCACCUGGAAGCGCUCUGGAUAAAGAAGGCAGCGUUCUGUGGUUGAAAACUCUGGACAGUAAAGAGAUCUACAGCCAGGUCAUCAGUCAUCUGCCUGAUCUGGAGCUGCUGACCACAGACAGUUUCAAGAGGAAACUGGCCCGUCACCGCUGGUUGGUCAGUUUCACAUACGGAGACAAAAGUGUCCCCUCCCACGAGUACAAGAAACUCCAGGCCUUCCUUCGAAAUGACCACAUCCAGGUGGGCAGGGUUGACUGUGUGUCAGAUUCAGAGCUGUGUCAGUCUCUGUACAUCCACAAACCCUGUGUGGCUGUUUUUAAAGGUCUGGGAAUCCACGACUUUGAAAUCCACCACGGUAAGGAUGUUCUAUACAACAUCGUGGCUUUUGCAAGGGACAGCGUUCGCGCUCAUGUGACCACUCUGAGGCCCGACAACUUCCCCUCCGACAGGAAGGAGCCGUGGCUGGUCGACUUCUUCGCUCCGUGGUGUCCUCCAUGCAGAGCUUUACUGCCUGAACUCAGAAAGGCAUCCAUUCAGCUGGCGGGGCAGAUGAAGUUCGGGACUCUGGACUGUACCAUCCAUCAUAACCUCUGCUCCAUGUAUAAUAUCCAGGCUUAUCCCACUACUGUGAUCUUCAACGGGUCGUCUAUGCACGAGUAUGAGGGUCAUCACUCAGCCGACGGCAUCCUGGAGUUCAUACAGGAUCUGGUUCAGCCGUCAGUCGUGGUUCUGGAUCCUUCGAGCUUCACAGACAGAGUCAAAGGUCGGUCUGAGGGGGAGGUGUGGGCCGUGGACUUCUAUGCCCCCUGGUGUGGACCCUGUCAGGCCCUGAUGCCAGAGUGGAGACGCAUGGCCAGGCUGGUCUCAGGUCAGAUCAUGGCCGGUUCCGUUGACUGUCAGCGGUACCAGACGUUCUGUCAGAGUCAGGGUGUGAGGGCAUAUCCAGAGAUCCGCCUGUUCUCUGGUAGUACACGGCAACCGGAUCGAUACAUGACGUACAACGGUUGGAACAGAGACGCUCAUUCACUGAAGACCUGGGUGUUGAGUGCUUUACCCAGGGCGUCGGUGGAUCUGACCCCAGACUCCUUCAGGUCUCUGGUUCUGUUCGGUAAAGACCACUGGGUCCUGGACUUCUACGCCCCCUGGUGUGGACCCUGUCAACACUUUGCCCCAGAGUUCGAGGUUCUGGCCCGGACUCUUAAAGGGGAGGUCCGGGCCGGUAAAGUGGACUGUCAGGCCCAUUAUCAGACAUGUCAGUCCGCUGGGAUCACAGCCUACCCGACCAUCAGGUUCUACCCGUACCUGGGAACCCGGAGGCAUGAACACAGCGGCGAAUACGUCAACAGCAGAGACUCCAACGUCAUCGCUGACAUCAUCAGACAGAGACUGCAGCAGCUGUCGCCACGGUUACACAGCAAACCAAAGGAUGAGCUCUGAUGAGGGGCGGGGCCAAGGACACAGACCGGUGUUGUGAUUGGUCAGGGAGGGACGGAGUCAGAUGUGAUUGGUCCGUCUGUGAAGGAGGUUACAGCUGUGAGACGGACAAACGGACACUUUAACCUACUGUGUAUGAAUGUACCGAACACUCUUGCCUUGUUUGGUUGUUUUUCUUCGGUCUCCAUCGUUCGUAUUUACUCUAUGAAGUAAAACUGUGGGACUCUGUUACUGACGCACACGUACGUAUAUAAAUACGGCCAAAUGUCGAGUCAAACCCUGGUUCCACUUGGUUUUAAAGCACUAAUGAACUGCUGUGACACAUGUUUAUUUCACCAACAGAACUUCUACGGUUUUAUCAUAUAGUGUUUUAUUAUGUGUAUAUUGACCUAUGCAAUAAUGGGAACAUCCAUAAACUGGGAAUUAGCUGCACUUACUAGUUCCUUCAAUCAAAAGUAUUUGGUUUAUACUGUAUUUACUGUCAUAGUGGUUGGGAUGAGGAUGUCAGGUCUUUAUUUAACAGGCUUGUAUUAGAGCAGGGGUGUCAAACAUAUGGCCCGUGGGCCAAAAGUAAGCCACCAGAGGGUUUAAUCUGGCCCAUGGGAUGAAUUUGUGAAAUGCAAAAAUUACAGUCAUUGAGGUUGAAAUCAU